AAGGGAGAACCUCCUCCACCAUCUUCGGCUGCGCCUUCGCCGAAGUGUCGGUGGCCGAGACCAGCGAGGACAUCGUACCCAUCUUCACCUCACUCAUCCGGCGGGCCAGAGCCUCCUGCUGCAAGUGUCCCACCAUCUUCCCCGCCCUUCUGGACCCUACUGUCUGCGCCUGCUCCUGCAGACAAGCCCUCCGCCUCGACGGAUACACCUGCAGGCUUUGCUGCACGUCUGGAAGCUCACGUAUACCCUGCAUGUGUAAUGGGAGUAGUGGCAGCUGCGGGUCACGGAACGGAAAGGUUCCUGGGCGGUGUAUGUAUGGCGGGCCUCACAGAGGGAGGAGACAGGAGGACGAGAGGGCUGGCAGGAAAGUUAGCCGUAGCGGUAGUAAGAAAUUAAGAGAGCGAUCAUUUAGCUCUCCGCUCUAUGUCUGCGAAAAUACUGCUAGUGUUAGAUCUGUAAAUUGUCAGAGAGAUUCUUUGAGCCCGUCGCCCUCGAGGACCAGAGCAGCGGGCGGCAGGAAGCUCUCGGGGCGUGAAACACAAAAUACUCAAAACGAUAAAACACAACAUUAUACACAUUCAGGUCCAGUGCGCGCUAACCUGAGCAGGUCAUUAAGUUCUCCCGAGGCUUGGCCGGACAGUUGGCCCGUCGAGCUACCGUCGCUUUUCGGGCCAAACACUGGCUCUGGCAAAGGAUCAAAAAGAGAGGGAUUGAUCGCCACAAUAAAGGAACAGGAGCCAAGUCUAUCGCUACUCGCCAGAGGGAGAUCGCUUGUACAAGACACACACACAAGAGUUAAACAUCGUGAGUGUUCGUGCAAGUCUCGCACACAAACUUUUAAAAGCAGCGGGAAAGUAGAAAUUGUAAAUAUUAAGAAGCCUGAUGGUAGACUCACUAUCCAAGACGAAGGAGGUCGCAAUCAGUCAGGCAGCCUCGUCGGACCUUCACCACAACCUGAUAAAUGGCCAGCCAAAUUGCCUGCGGUUAAAAUAUGCAACAAUACUUCCAGCAGCAGCAGCAGCACGCAGCCAAAGCACACAGCAGCAACCAAUGAGCACUGUGCCUCACCGUCCUCUCUGUCUACCGGUUGCCCACGAUCCCCAAAACGAUUUCCAUUUGAUUCAUUAGAAACCAGGAGAGUGGAGGAUGACUCUCCGUCUCCUCAAGGUGGAGGACGCCAGCGGAAGUUCUCAGUGUUCGGCGUGGGCCGCGCCCUCGGUCACUUCCUCUCCAAGGGCUCCUUGCCCGACCUGCCCCGAGCUACGGCCAAUAUCUGCGACAAAUUUGGCUCCUUGAAGCGGACGAUCAAGAAACGCUCUGUGUGAGUCCACUGUCACACUUGAGUACGACCAAAACAUGGAGUAGGGUUCUGAGACCUAGUGACCUGAGACUUUUUUCCUUUGUGCGUCAUUGUUACUCCUUAUCCACCUCAUAUAUAACCCAAGCUGAUCUAACAUAACCUAACCUAACCUAACAUAUAACCUAACCUUGUCUACCAAAGCUCAUCCCAACCUAACCUAACCCACUCCAACCAAUCCUAACCUAUCCGAACCUAACCUAGUUAACUAACUCAACCCAUCCUAACCUAACCCAGUCCAAUCUAAUGUAACCUAAUCCAACUUAAUUACAGUAGCAAACAAUAUUUGUGAUUUAUAUGGAGUGGGAGAGGUAAAUGACGUCACAAUAAUGUCAAAUGACGUAACAAUGACGUCACAGUGACGUCACAAUGAAGUCGCCCGCUCAUAGCGGCACAGGUUUCAGACCCGCCCUGUAAAAACGAGUCUUCAAGACACCGGAUGUGACCUCAGGCGGGUAUACACACUUAGGUAUACACACUUGAGUAUACACUGCCAACUUCUGUGAUAUGCUAAUAUAUAUAGUCUGCUUCUGAAAAGGGAAGACCGCAACAGCUUUCCCUGAAUACCUCAUAUUUUCUUCUCUGAAGCCAUGGGUCCUCAUAAUGUUAGUAGAGAUGGCACCCAUAGAUGUAUGUGUGCGUGUGUAUGUGUGUGUGUGUGUGUGUGUGUGUGUGUGUGUGUGUGUG